AUAAAGAAAAGCACACGUGACUCCGAUCCAAUCGAUGAUCAGUGACCUAUAUAAGAUACGUAGAGAUCAGAGCUUUCCAGCCGCACAUCUCCGGACCUGAGCAGCCUAUUGGAUCUCUACAUUCCGAGGCAACACAGACGUCUGAGGGCGGAGCAUUCCAUGCGAGGGCGAGGAUGAUGUCAGCCCUGCUCCAGGAGCCUGGAGGAACCAGGAGACAUUGGCGUCCAUACAGUAGCUGAAGGGGUAGCUUGGGGAGGGGACUGGCUGCAAGAACCUGGAAAAGACAGCCAGACCCCAAUGAUGUAAGGAAAGAAAAUGGCAGCAUGGGACACAGAAUUCUGCAGUGGAUCACACCAGGAUUUACUGAGCAUGUAUCUGAAGGAAUUUCGGACCGAGCAGUGCCCGCUGUUUUUACAACACAAAUGUACCCAGCACAGACCCUUUACCUGUUUUCACUGGCAUUUCUUAAAUCAACGGCGUCGCCGACCCAUUCGAAGACGUGAUGGGACAUUUAACUAUAGCCCAGAUGUUUAUUGUACAAAAUAUGAUGAAACCACAGGAAUGUGUCAAGAUGGGGAUGAUUGUCCAUAUUUGCAUAGGACAACAGGUGACACAGAGAGAAAAUAUCACCUACGAUAUUACAAGACCGGUACUUGUAUUCAUGAAACAGAUUCUCGAGGACAUUGUGUGAAGAAUGGACCCCAUUGUGCCUUUGCCCAUGGUCCUCAUGACCUUCGACCUCCUGUCUAUGAUAUAAGGGAAAUCCAAGCACAGGAAGCCUUACAGAAUGGGCAGCUUGGGAGUGGUGAAGGGAUUCCUGACUUGCAGCCAGGAGUCUUAGCUAGCCAAGCAAUGAUAGAGAAGAUCCUCGGAGAGGACCCAAGAUGGCAAGAUACAAAUUUUGUACUAGCCAGCUAUAAAACUGAACAAUGUACUAAACCACCCAGACUUUGCCGCCAAGGAUAUGCCUGUCCACAUUAUCACAAUAGCAGAGACCGAAGACGCAACCCAAGAAAGUUUAAAUACAGAUCCACACCUUGUCCAAGCGUAAAACAUGGAGAUGAGUGGGGAGAGCCAUCAAAAUGUGAAAGUGGGGACAGCUGUCAGUAUUGCCAUUCCCGUACUGAGCAGCAGUUCCAUCCUGAGAUUUACAAGUCUACAAAAUGCAAUGAUGUGAGACAAACUGGGUACUGCCCAAGAGGUCCCUUUUGUGCUUUUGCACAUGUUGAAAGAAUUCCCUCUACUGAAGAGACCAUGAAUGUGAUGAUGCAAUCAAGUCAUUUAAAACAACCUUCUCUCUACUCUUCAGACUGUCUAGGCCUUUCCAAUGACUGGAACACUAAUAUGAGUUGUACAAAUAACAUUCUGAACCACAAUGAACAAACCACAAAUGCAAAACACAAGUGCCUGUCUUUGGAUAGCAAUCAUAAAGUGAAUGAUCACGAAAUUAAACAGAGCCAUCUCAGUGUUUUCUCAGUGGUGAACCCAUUGGCUUCCAGUAUAACGUCCAGUAUCACAUCUAGCCUGGCAUCUAGUAUUGGCUCAGACAGUUCAUCCCCUACUGCUCUCUCAUCAAGUGUUAAUGCCAAAGCACUCCCUUUCUACCCUACCAGUAAUACUGUUGAAUCGGUUAUAGGUUCUGCUCUAGAUCUUCAUUUUAGCAAUAUAAAUGUUGCAUCUUUAGACAAAGAAUUUGACGACACAGAGAACUGUGACCUGGGAUUAUCAAGUCAGAGGUUGUUGGGAAGUUCAGCUCCAGUAAAUAUUCCAGGCUCUCUUGCCCGUUCCUCCUCUCUGCAUUCAUCCUCUUCUCUCUCAACGUCUCCUUUAAGUUCUCUCUCCCAGUCUCUGUCGCAGUCUUAUCUGGCCUCCAGCAUGGCACCACGCCAGCACCAGGCACAUACACUGAAAUCAGAGCAUAGCACCUUAGGCACUUCAUCUUCUUCACACAAUUCUUUAGGUUUGAAUGGGGUCACAGGCAGUAUCUGGGACUUUGUUAGUGGUAGUUUCUCUCCCAGUCCAUCCCCGGUGUUCAGUAGUGGUCCUACCAGUUCCACCAGUACAAGCUCAAAUGGCAAUGAACUGUCACGAAUUAGAAGAGAGCUUGAUGAUGCCAAGCGAAAAAUAAAAAGAUGGGAAGAUUCUUGGCAGCAAGUAAAACAGGCAUGUGAUGCCUGGCAGAAAGAAGCCCAAGAAGCCAAGGAGCGCGCAAAGGUGGCUGAUGCGGACCGACAGCUAGCAUUAUUACAGAAAGAGGAGGUGGAAGGCAAACUGAAAAAUCUACAAGAAGAAUUUGAUGUCAUCCGUGUAUCCCCACAGUAUUCUGCAUUGAGAAAAUACAGUGAUAUGGAAAAGCUUCCUUUACCAAAGUUACAUUCUCUGAAAAGUCAGCUGUGUUCUGAUCUAGAAACAGUUGAUGGGUUGAUAUUCCAACUACAUUCCAAGAAAUGUGUGGUUUGCCAUGAAAAUGACAGUAUAGUCCUGCAGUCCUGCCAGCAUUACAUAUUAUGUGAACAGUGCGCAUCCAGCAAACCGGAAUGUCCUUACUGCAAGACCAAAAGACUAAAAUGGUGACAAGCCUUUCAGUUCAUUGCUUUACCAACCCACUGCGAAAUCAACUGUAUCACGUAAUCUGACAAAGUACUGCACCCUGUGUUUUAGUAUUUGCUAUAUAAAUAAGAAGAUAGGUAAACAGUUAUCUUUUAUCAGUGAUAGACUGAUCUCUACCCUCAAAGAGCACCAUGGAUGAUUAGGUAAAGUUCUUACUUUUAGCUUGUUCUGGAUUUACCAAAUCAAUCUAAGUCUCCUUGUUGCGUCUUAACAUGCAUUUUGACUUUUUUCAACCUUGAUCAGCUUUGUUCACCACAGGACAAGAUUGCUAUCCGUGUGCGUCAUGGAUCCCCAGCAGGCCUCAGUGUUCCUAGGAUCAAUCGAGGUGUUUGGUCCAAAAGUAUUAAUGUGAGAGAAUGAACAAUAUGUCUGCAUGCCGUUAUUCAGUUGGGUUCUAAAGGAAAUGAUACAGGACUUUACUUUAUAGAGCAUCUUCACAGGCAGCUGACCAGACAUAUCUGUAAAUGUGUUUUGUCCACAAAGACUGUAGUUGGGGUUAAUCUAGGACCAAUGGCCUUCUGAAAACAUGGAUAAUUGCCUGAAAUGGUCCAUACGAUUGAGCUAUCUGAUAUUCUGCCUGGGCAAACCUUAUGAGCUUGGCUCACUUUUUAAUGAAUGUGGUAGAUUUGUGCAGUGAGCUUGGCCAUACUAAAGAGUACAACAAACCGGCACAUCACUUUAAACACAAACUAUUCCUGAAUUAUUGAAGUUCUAUAAAAGAAAAUGCAAUUUUCAAUGUAGGAUAAAAGGUCAAUUUUGGGUUGAUAUCAGCAGGAAUAAUUGACCACUUGCUCCUUAUAUCUCACAGAGAGUCCUCUGCACUGAAAAUUCCAGUUCCACCCAUCGCCCAUGCCCAAUAGGGGUCAUGUCCUCCCUUCCUAUGCUUUGUUCAUUUUACUUUACAGAAAAUAAGGAAGGUGGAUUAAAUCUCCAGAUUCUUAAGAUAAAUUUGCCCAUGGGGUGGGGGCAGAGCCAGGCUCUGUAUGGGAGAUUAUCACUGGAGUCUUCAGGAGAAAUAAGAAGCUUGUGGAUGAUCCAACCUAGAGUCAUCACCCAUAACAAACAACCAGUUUGGAUGGAAUAAGCCUUAAAGGGGGAGAUCCAAUCUAGAAAAAGUCAAUUUUCUGAGUUCUGCAAGAGACAAAAGAAUAUUCCACAGUGAUGUAGGGAUACAUUUUCAACUUGAGGUUCUCAGAAUUAGUGCGUGUGUGUAUAUAUAUAUAUAUUUUGGUGCUUCACGUGACAGCAAUGUUCUUCAUAAAACUUGUGAGCUUGGAAUCAGUCUAGCACUAUUUUUUACUAGGUUAUUUUGAAGAAGUUUAAUUCUUGUUAAAGCACUUUGUUAACCAGGGAUUCUGUUUAGAGGUUAUUAUAAACUGCUUUAAGCUGCUUUGUAGAUUUUUUUUUUCUUUUAAUAUGCGAUAAUAUUGAGCUCUUUGUGUGUACUGUGAACUGAAGAAAUAUUUCUUGUCAGUUUAUUACUGUUAAAUAAUUAGUGUAGUAAAUUUAUUGUUAGGUUUCAUAUGCUGAAUUUAGUACUUUAUUCAAUGAACAAUACUGAGUAGUGGACAAUAUAGUUUAGGAUUUUUACAGUUUUCAGGUUAAGUGCAAACUGUUAGUAUUUAUAAUUAUAACCAGCAAAUGGAUGGAUGUGAGAAGGCACAUAUUUACAGUACAUUUGAAACAUUUAAAAAAUCAUUUUCUUGAAGGAACCAUUUUCUUAAUUUUAUUUUUACAUUUUUUUUUUAACUACAAAAAAAACAAAAAAAACUUUUUUCACAUUUAUGGCAAUGUGUUAUGAUAAUUUUCUGUAUUUUAAUAGCUUUUUCAUAAUGAUCUUGUUUGUAUGGAUCCUAACCUCAUGCUAUCAUGCAUUUAUAAGCUUUUUUGGAGAUGUGAAACGAGGUCACAUGGCCACUUUGAUCAAGUGCCUAUACCUUACAGCAGCUAAAGUUCUUUAAUUUCAUGUUUAGCAGAUGUUCUUCCCCCACCUCACCCCACUACUUUUGGGGACAUGGACAUGCUUGAAUAAUUAGAAAUUAUAAAAUUAUGGGGACUUUAUUAAUAUUAUUAAAAGUGAACAAA